GCUCACAACAAAGGCAGCUCACAACAAAGGCAGCUCACAACAAAGGCAGCUCACAACAAAGGCAGCUCACAACAAAGGCAGCUCACAACAAAGAAACACGAACCCCCUGGAGGCAAAAUCAAAUCAAACACUAUAGGAACAACUGUGUCUGUUGCGAGAGUGUUCGGUGUAAAUACGGUGGAUUAAAUACAACAAAAGAUAUCUGACGGGGGAUCGUAACCGCACCCUAAGUUCAUCAUCGAUCGCCCUCUGAGGUUACACCGAAGGAGUGGAGAUAGUUCAAAUAGCCCAAUAUAUAGGGAGGAAAAACCCCCCUUCUAGUGUGAGAGAAGGCAGGAAUCAUAUCAAUGAGCCCUUAACCCCACGUCCUAUCUACCUACUACCUAGGUGCUGCCUACCUGCAACCCAGUUUUAGUCAAGGAAUACCAACUCCUGACAACCCCAUCCCGAUAGCAUGCUGAUCUCAUUCGACUUGUCUAGCAUAAGGAGAAUGACACUAGCGUCACCUCCAACACAGCCACCCGUGUGCAUCCGCUGUGGUCAAGUCAGCGAGCGUUUUAUUACAGGAUCGCCCAAUCGCAACGGAAACGCAGGACGGCCGUACUAUAAAUGCCUGCACUGUGAUAAAUUCCUGGUCUUUGAUGACUCCCGUGGGAACGAUUCUAUGAACCCCGAGUGUCACUGUGGAUAUUCGAGCAAAUGUCAAGUUACCGGGGGUUCCAAUAGGGCGGCAGGGCGUUUACACUACGUCUGCCGACUCGGCAGGUGCGACUUCUUCUGCGUCGUCAAGGACGCAAAAGGAAUGGAUAUCUUUAUUGAUAUGGACCUUGCCGAGGAACUGUCGCGAUUGUUUCUUAUAUGAGUACUAGCUUUAUCCUCAGAAAAAAAGAAAGAUUGUUACUGAGCUAUAUGCUUCCGAAUGCCUUGAUUGAAAAAUGACUAGGCGUAAGUUUAAUGAGUCAGUUCGGCUCUCAGGCCAGAGUUGGAGAAGAAGCACAACGUUAAUUGCAUAGAUGUUGUGUCAGGUCUGGGAUAGGGGCAGAAUCGAUGCAGCAAAGAAACGUGAUGAUUAUUUUUUUUCUUUUCUUUUCUUUUCUCCUUCAUGUAUAUAAGACACAGACUGCCCCGGAGGCAGAGAGACAGAAGACCGCCAGACACGGACGCACCAUAGAGAAUACACAUCGCUUUGCCUUCUACAUUCA